AGAACUGUGAAUCGUAUUGGAAGUAAACUCCCUAAAUACUUUUGAGGGAAGAAGAACUGAAAAGGAAAAAGAAGAAGAAGAGAAAAUUGCAGAAAAUAUGAAAAUAACAAUAUGUCUUCUUUCAUGUUUUUUUGCUCUAUUGUUUACACCCACAUUUGCCAUAAAAAAGUCAUACGUGGUGUAUAUGGGUGCACAUUCACAUGGAAAAGAAGCAUCAUCCAUUGAUUUUGAUAGAGUUACUGAUUCCCAUCAUGAGUUUCUUGGAUCACACUUAGGAAGUAUUGAGAAGGCCAAGGAUGCAAUUUUUUACUCUUAUACUAGACACAUCAAUGGCUUUGCUGCCAUGCUUGAGGAUGAAGAAGCUGCAGCAUUAUCCAAGCAUCCCGGGGUAGUAUCAGUAUUCUUGAACAGGGGUAAAGAACUACACACAACCAGAUCAUGGAAUUUCUUGGGGUUGGAACAUGACGGAAAAAUCCACGAAAGCUCUUUAUGGAAAAAGGCUAAAUUUGGAGAAGAUAUCAUUAUUGGCAACAUUGAUUCUGGAGUUUGGCCUGAAUCAGAAAGCUUUAGUGAUGAAGGAAUGGGACCAAUUCCAUCAAGGUGGAAAGGAACUUGCCAACAUGGUACAGACGCUAGUUUUCGAUGCAAUAGGUACUCUAUCUCUAUUUCCUUCUUCUCUUUCCCAUUUUUCAUUUUUUUUCCAUUUAUCUGCACUGCUCUGUCAUCAUAGGAUAGUUUGCUCUUUUAAAAAAUCUCCCUCAAGUGG